AUGAAGCCAAGCUUUACGUGGACACAGUCAACAGUGCAUGUGCAAUACUUCCCUCGGUCCACGAACGCCAUCGCGAUGCAGAGACUGCUAGUAAGCCUGCGCGGCUUCCGCUGCAGACCCCUGCUUCCACGGCAUCGGGAUCUUGGUCGGCUGAGAUUUUCCCGAGCACUGUGCCAGGCCACGCGGGACUUUGAGAGCCGCGUGGUGCCAGAAAUCGCCAGUGCCCUCAGACUCGGCGGACUGUCGCAAGCGGAGUUGAAGGCAGCCUUCACGUCAUUGGACACGGAUGCCUCUGGCUCUUUGGACUUGCGCGAAAUUUUCCAGCUCAUGCAGACAUUGGGCCUAGGUGAUCGCCGAGCUGAUGCGGCUGCAGUGGACCUCAUGAAGAAGGUUGACAGCGACGGUGACGGCCGGAUAAGCUUUGCAGAGUUUGAGUCUGGCAUUGCUGAGCUGGUGGCAGUGCAUCGCGCCUCAUACCAGCUGGCUAUGGCAGGCUCGGACCUGAGAAGCGCACAUUUUGCUGCAAUGAGCACGUUGAAUCUGUCAACGUUUUCCGACCAAGAGAUCCAAGACGCGUUCCGAAGGAUGGACCAGGAUGGUGACGGCCGUGUGGACUUUUCCGAGCUUUCUGCUGUCCUGAGGCACCUGAACUCCAAGUUGGCACACGAGGAGAGUUUGACGACAACAGCUCUUCUAAUGCAUGAGCUUGACAAGGACAAGGAUGGCUUCAUUUCGUUUGAAGAGUUUCGGAGUGGAGUUACAUCCCUCGCACAGCGUUAUGACAAUCGGGUGGUGCCGAUCUCGGCAGCCAUGUUUCUCUCCGGCAUAUCUGUGGGUGCUGCCACUCCGGCUUUUCCGGUCUUAGGAACAGAGCUGCACUUGUCCGAGGCGCAGUUUGGCUACACAGUCUCAGCCAUGGGUUUAUCGACCACACUCUCCAGCCUACUGAGCGCUGUGCUGGUCGAUCGAUACGGCCGCAAGCCUGUUCUGCAGGCAGGCCUGGUAUUCCAAGGCAUGGGUAUGGUCGCAGGAGGGGCCGCUGGAUCACUGGAGCCAUUUGUGGCUUCGAAGUUUGUCUCCGGCUUCGGCGUGUCCUCGCUGUCUACAGGAAGCACCGUGGCCGUGGCCGACCUCAGCACGCCCUUGAAUCGCGCACGGAUGAUGGCCACCAUGCACGGUGGGUUUUCAGCAGGGAAGGUGUUGGGGCCUGCGAUCGGCGGCGUUCUAAUCGGCUGGAUCGGUGCAUCAAACACUUUGAUUGCAGCCAGCAGCGGCUUCCUGGCUGCUGCCAUGUACUCGAGCUUUUACCUGGCGGAGACGAUGCCGCAAAGCUUGAAAAAGACAUCAAGCCAAUCAAGCUCCGUCCAGGAGAUGCUCAGGCAAAUGAUUUCACAGUGGCGAUCACUGAUAACGGAUGGUAAGCUGAAGAUGUUGAUGCUGCUCAAUGCCGUUGGACUGGCAGCACAUGCAGGAAGCAACUUUACACUGCUGCCUUUGAUGCUGGCUGGUGACCACUUUGCCAUGUCCCCGGCAGAAAUCGGCUCCGUGUUUGCAGCUCAGGCAGCAAUUUCGGUCUUCGGCACUGGUCCGGCGGCUAUGCUUAUCGACAAGCUGGGACCUGAGCGUGUCAUUGUCCCAGCUAUAUUAGUCACCUCCUUCUCCAUGGCGGCAUUUCCCAUGGCUGGCGACUUGUUGCAAGCUGGGAUCCUCCUUGCUGCAUGGCAGCUAGGGCGGACAGUCCUGAACUCUGCACCGACUGUCCUUGCCGCCAACUCGGUGCCCAAGGAGAGCCUUCCACAGUGCAUGGCCAUGCUGAGAACCACUGGUGAUCUUGGGUUCAUGCUCGGGGCAUCGCUGGUGGGCAUUGGGGGCUCCCUUGUCGGGGCUGGGCCCGCCAUGCAGAGCACAGCAGCCAUCUCUUGCGGAGUCGCAGUCUGGUGUGCGUAUAUGGAGGGCAGGCAAGUCAGCCAUUCCCGGAGACCCAACAACAAAUUUUCGUAG